UAUUUCAAAAUGACGUAUCUUCCAGAAUCGAACAUGGACGUUAUGUCUACCCACCCGCACUCACACAACCCCGGUAGUCCAGACAAGAUCUACUACAUCGAGGGCUUCGGAUCUACCCCCAGACCUCUGACCAGACACCGGCCCGCCAUCCUGGACCGUUCGCGGACAUCCAUCAUCACCCCCAGGCCCAUCAAGCCGGAUCCGGUGAACAACAACUACCCCAGCUCAUCCCGCCUGGAAGUGCUUCGACCUGCCGAAUUCAGGUGGGAUGAAUUUUCCGGAUCGGUCUCGGAGCAUUUUGACUCGGAAAUUAACCCCAACUACAACAGAAAGCCGUUGUACAUCGAUCCGAACAACGAGCAAGACAACGAACGGCUGAGAGUCUCUUCGACGACUGCGUAUUCCUAUGAAGAACUCCAAAUACCUCGACAGUCCUUCGGUACUUUGGAGUCGGAAGAUCCUCGUCUCACGAGGGUGUCGAUGGAAGCUCAAGACUGGAGUCUGGACUCUUCCGUCGAUCUGGACAGCAGUGAGAUGCUCUCCCCCGGAGAGAGCUCUGACAGAUUGUUCCCCAAGGGUCUCAUGAGGAGGAGAAGGAACUCCGCUCCCGUGGCCACUCGUCAGCCCUCUCCUGGAGUCCUGAGGAGGAGACGACUGGCAGCCAACGCUAGAGAACGUCGGAGGAUGAGUGGUCUGAACGAGGCUUUUGACAGGCUCAGAGAAGUUAUCCCUUCAAUAGGAACCGAUCACAAGCUGUCCAAGUUCGAGACCCUGCAGAUGGCACAGACCUACAUAUCGGCGCUGUGUGAUUUGUUGGAGAACGCUCCUAGAUGAAACCGUUUUGUGGAUAACUCAAAAACGACUUGUACGGAUUUAAAGCAAGUACGAAUAUGU